CUGUUUUUACUUUUCCUUCCCGAAAAGGAGAAGGGAACCGCACGCCCUCAGCCUUUCGUUUCUGAUCUGCAACGACACCAGAGUGCAGAUCAGUCUCGGUAGGUCUGCAAAAUCCAAACGAUGGACGACGCAAGAUCAGUCUCGGUAGGUCCCACCUCAAACAAUCCUCUAUUUCACAUGUAGCACCUUCUCCAUGCGCCUGCGCAACACACACACACACUCUCUCUCUCUCUCUCUCUUCACGCUUCUCUCGGCGCCCGCGACUCAAAAAACACUUACCGGUAUUCUCUCUCUCUCUCUCUGACUCGGUGCAUAGUCUAGACCCUUCUCUCGGUUUUCAAAAGCUCUCAACCAAAAAUACUAGCAAAAUGGUCUACUCAAUCUCGGCGAUGCGAUCCCCGUCCGUUCCAUCGGUGUGCAACUGGUGUCGAUCCACCUCCAAUGGCAUUCGCAAUACUAAUAUCUCCCUCUUGCUGAAGAAGGAACCGUUUUAUCGGAAGGUCUUUGCACGAAUGUCUUCUCCUGAUUCUGAUUCCUCAUCAUUAAAGGUUGCCGCAUCUAAUAAAGUCCGAGUUCCUGGUGGCCAGGGAGAUGGUUCUUUAUCCUUGACAGAUCAGUUGGAAAACCCUGAAACAGGUCUGGAAGAUCACCUGGUAUUGCAUGAUGUAAAUGAUCCAACUAUUGAACAUGAAAAGAAGCUUGAGGAUGAAGAAAAGUUUGUUGAACCACCCAGUAGAUACCAUGAGAUUGAUAAUGAGCAAGAUUCUGCUUCUUCAACACUUGCUGGUGAGGAGGCAUCUGCUCCUAUUGAUGGGACAGAAAGUAUAGAAGAGGAUGAAGCUAGAACAAGAACCAUUCCCCCACCUGGCACUGGGCAAAGGAUAUAUGAAAUAGACCCACUUCUGAACAAUUAUCGCGAACAUCUUGACUACCGUUAUGGACAGUACAAAAGACUGCGUGACACAAUUGACAAAUAUGAAGGUGGUUUGGAGGUGUUUUCUCGUGGUUAUGAGAAAUUCGGUUUCACUCGCAGUGCCACAGGUAUAACUUAUCGAGAGUGGGCACCUGGAGCUAAGUCAGCAGCCUUGAUUGGGGAUUUUAACAAUUGGAAUCCUAAUGCUGAUAUUAUGACCCAGAACGAGUUUGGCAUUUGGGAGAUCUUUUUGCCAAAUAAUGCUGAUGGUUCUCCGCCAAUUCCACAUGGUUCUCGAGUGAAGAUCCGCAUGGAUACUCCAUCUGGCAUCAAGGAUUCCAUUCCUGCUUGGAUCAAGUUCUCUGUACAGGCUCCAGGUGAAAUCCCAUACAAUGGCAUAUACUAUGACCCACCAGAAGAGGAAAAGUAUGUAUUUAAGCAUCCUCGUCCCAAGAAACCGAAGUCAAUUAGAAUAUAUGAGUCACAUGUCGGAAUGAGUAGUACGGAGCCAAAAAUAAACACAUAUGUCAACUUCAGAGAUGAUGUGCUGCCACGCAUCAAAAGACUUGGUUAUAAUGCUGUUCAGAUCAUGGCUAUUCAAGAGCAUUCAUAUUAUGCUAGCUUUGGGUACCAUGUCACGAACUUUUUUGCCCCUAGCAGUCGGUGCGGAACUCCUGACGAUCUCAAGUCUCUAGUAGAUAGGGCCCAUGAACUAGGUCUGCUUGUUCUUAUGGAUAUCGUACAUAGCCAUGCAUCAAAUAAUGUGUUAGAUGGGCUGAACAUGUUUGAUGGAACCGAUAGUCAUUACUUCCACUCUGGGUCACGUGGAUAUCAUUGGAUGUGGGAUUCUCGCCUCUUCAACUACGGAAGCUGGGAAGUACUAAGGUUUCUGCUAUCAAACGCAAGAUGGUGGUUAGAAGAAUAUAGGUUUGAUGGGUUCAGAUUUGAUGGUGUGACAUCAAUGAUGUACACGCACCAUGGACUGCAGGUAGCUUUUACUGGAAACUAUAGUGAGUAUUUUGGAUUCACAACUGAUGUAGAUGCUGUUAUUUACUUGAUGUUGGUCAAUGAUGUCAUUCAUGGACUUCAUCCUGAAGCUGUUAGCAUUGGUGAAGAUGUCAGUGGAAUGCCAACAUUCUGCAUUCCUGUUGAAGAUGGUGGUGUGGGCUUUGAUUACCGCCUUCACAUGGCGAUUGCUGAUAAAUGGAUUGAGCUUCUCAAGAAGAGGGAUGAGGACUGGAAAGUGGGUGAUAUUGUUUACACGCUCACCAACAGAAGAUGGUUGGAAAAGUGCGUUGCUUAUGCAGAAAGUCAUGACCAAGCUCUUGUUGGUGACAAGACAAUUGCAUUCUGGUUGAUGGACAAGGACAUGUACGAAUUCAUGGCUUUAGACAGACCAGCAACUCCCCUUAUUGAUCGUGGAAUAGCAUUGCACAAAAUGAUCAGGCUGAUUACUAUGGGAUUGGGUGGAGAGGGAUAUUUGAAUUUUAUGGGAAAUGAAUUUGGACAUCCUGAGUGGAUUGAUUUUCCUAGGGGUGAUCAACAUCUUCCUGGUGGUGAAGUAAUUCCUGGGAACAAUUUCAGUUUUGAUAAAUGCAGGCGAAGAUUUGAUCUUGGGGACGCAGAUUAUCUAAGGUAUCAUGGAAUGCAAGAAUUUGAUCAGGCAAUGCAGCAUCUAGAAGAAACUUAUGGUUUCAUGACUUCUGAGCACCAAUAUGUGUCACGAAAGGAUGAAGGAGAUAGAAUUAUAGUCUUCGAGAGGGGGAACCUUGUCUUUGUCUUUAAUUUUCAUUGGAGCAACAGCUAUUCAGACUACCGAGUAGGCUGCUUGAAGCCAGGAAAAUAUAAGAUUGUUUUGGAUUCAGAUGACCCCUUAUUUGGAGGCUUUUGUAGGAUUGAUCACCGUGCCGAGUACUUCAGCUCUGAUGGGUGGUAUGAUGAUCGGCCCCAUUCUUUCCUAGUAUAUGCACCGUGUCGAACAGCAGUGGUCUAUGCUCUAGCAGACGAUGGACUGGAGACUGACAAACGCUGAUUUGAUUUCAAUCAACCUUUUCCCCAUGCAAUGUUUGUCUUGCUGCACUCUUGGAUAUGGCCCAAAUAUCUAAUGGCUACUAGAAGCAAUUCGAUCCCUGUAAAUUUAAGCCAAGCUUGCAGAGACGAUACAUGAGAAGAACAGGAGUAGACGUACAACAUUCAGCACACAAUUGCAUAUCAUUCCGGAGCACAAGGUAGACCAAUCCUAGGAUCAUAUAUGCGGCAUUUUGUAUGUAUUAUAUAUUGGGAUUGAUAAGAA